AUGAAGCUCCCUCCAGCUGCCAUCCUGGACUCAUGGCCCACCCCAAACUAUAUCGACCCGCCCACUCGCGGCCACGGCGUCCUCAUCGUGAACGUCGUCUGUCUCACCCUGGCCUCCCUGGUCGUCUCCCUCCGUCUAUACACUAGGGUAUGGAUCACAUGCAGCGCCGGCAUCGAUGAUGCGCUCAUCGUCAUCGGUCUGGUCUUCGGCAUCGCCAUGGCCAUCGUCACUUCCAUCGCCACGGAACAUUGGGACAUGAACCGCCAUAUCUGGGAUAUUAAAUUGCUGGAGCUCGAAGCUAUCCAGAAACUGAAUCUCUCCUUCCAGAUCAUGUUCUCGAUGUCUUCGUCCUUUACCAAGAUCUCUCUAUUGUGGUUCUGUCGACGACUCAUCGGGAAGGGCCACUUUGCGCUGUAUAACUUGGCGUUUAUUUUCGCCAUUGUUUUUGUUGGCGUGGCGAGUUUGCUCUUCACUCUUAUCAGUAUCUUCCAAUGCUCACCUAUCCGCGCAUACUGGCAACUUAACCCUACCGAGUCAUACCACUGCAUGAAUGACGGCGCGAUUGUUUUCUCCGCCAGUGUUAUUAACAUCUUCACCGAUUUCCUGGUCACGGCUUUACCAAUGCCGUUGAUCUGGAGUCUGAAACUCCCUGCUCGUCAACGCCUCGCCGUUAUCUCCAUCUUCGCCCUCGGUUCCAUAGUUAACGUGGCCGGCUCCGUGCGAACCGUAUACGUGUGGAAGAGUAUGGUGACUGGCUAUGAUGCGACCUGGCUUGGAUGGCCAGUGCUGAUCGCUGCGGCAGUGGAAAUCAGCCUAGGAUUGAUCUGCUCUUCAGCCCCAGCACUCCGCCCCCUCAUUGCAGCCUUCCUCCCCCGCCUCCUCAGCUCCAACCACAACACCACCUCCUACAACCAGCGGUCUCGCACCCACAGACACUGGUACUCAACCGCCCGCUCCCGAGCAUCCCGUCUCGUCUCCGACCACCAACCCAGUUACAGCAGCGACCGAUUCGAAAUCAUCCGCACCGUCGAGAUGGAGAGCUGGGUUGAGUCCCGACUCCCGAGCCACGAGAAGAUGGGCCACGGUUAUGAUAUCACAGGCCGCGCCGUCACCCCUGCGGAUAGCAUUGAGAUGAAGAGCGGCAUGGUUUAUGCUUCUCCGACGAGUGCUGCCUCCUCCUCUGCGUCAGGACGGAGCGAGACGUUCGAUGGUCGGCAGCUGCGUUAA